AGUGUAAUCUUGCUGCAUUAUCGUUGUGACAAACGUUUGCCGCAAAUUCUGUUUUUUUUUCUUUCUUUCACUACAGACUUAUACAGUAGGGUUCUCAUUGGACGUUGUCUGCAUGUGAUUCAUCGGGGGUGAAGCCUUCGUUCUCUUGCUAAAAGGUUUUCCUUUGAGUUGGCUAAGGGACGGGAAAAAGUAAAUCUUGUGCAAUGGCCGACAAGUACCAACAGCUGAUGAAGCUGAUUGUGAUCGGUGACAGCGGGACGGGAAAGUCUUGCUUGCUUCACCGCUUUAUCGAGGAUACCUUCUCCGAGGAUCAGACUCAAACGAUUGGCAUCGAAUACGGCGCCAAGAUCGUGGACCUUGGUGGCGCAAAGGUGAAGCUACAGAUUUGGGACACAGCCGGUCAGGAGCGCUAUAAGUCCGUUACGCGCAGCUAUUAUCGAGGUGCGAUGGGCUGCCUUAUUGUGUACGAUGUGACGAAUAGAAGCUCUUAUGAAAGCGUUCCUCAGUGGUUAAACGACGUUAGGCAGCUGGCCGGAAACGACGUUGUGGUGAUGUUGAUCGGGAACAAAUGUGAUCUGGUCAAAGCCAACCAUAGUCGCGCGGUCCAGCACAAUGAAGCCUCUCUAUACGCCCAACAAAACGGACUUCUCCACUUUGAAACUUCAGCUGCAACUGGUGAGUUUGUUACAGAGGCAUUUUUGAAAGUGGCGAAAACUGCUGUGUCGGCCGCCAUUGUGGCCGACCCACAGGAUGGCGUGCAGCUUGAACAGAACUCCGAAACAAACAGCUCCUUCCUUCCGUCUUGCUCGUGUUAG